CGAUUCGCCGCCCGAGCCGGCGACACAGGCGCUUGCGCGGCAUCUACAUCUUUAAAUCGAUAGGAAUACGCAUGGUUUUAUUUCAAGGGUUUUUUGAAAAACACCGUCGUGGCACGAUGUGUGACAGUCAGUGAACGAUGCGCUGUGAGGCAACAAGGGUUCCAGUGCUGAUACUUAUGGCCUAACCUGUACAAAUGUUAUUUUUACGUAUACGCCGAUUAUUUAUUGUAGUGGAUCUACCGCGGAAGUCGUUCAGUAGUGUCAAUAUAUUUUGAUAUUUCGAAGAGAAUUGUACGAUAUUCUUAUCAUUGUAUUGAAGUAAAACUCAAGUUUCUCGGGAAUGACUGAACGAGUAGGAUCGUUGAGAAAGCCGUCAUUACGACGGAGAGAAAAUUCUCAACUGGAAAGAGACGAUUUCGAUGCUGGACCUACUAACCUCGACCUCAUCGAACCAGGAAUUUGGCUAGGUAAUCUCACAGCAGCUACAGAUGUGGAAGUGUUGUCAAAACAUAAAAUUAAUCAUAUAUUGACAAUCGACUCGUGUCCCUUACCUACCAAGAUAAUAAUGCUUCCAGGUGUAAAAACUAAAUUCAUUCAAGUCACAGAUACACCAAGAGAAGAUUUAGUCAGUCACUUUGAAGAAGCCUCAGAGUUCAUAAAGAAUGCACAAGAAGAAGGACAAAUUCUUAUACAUUGCUAUUUCGGUGUGUCACGAAGUGCUACAAUUGUUAUUGCAUAUAUGAUGAAAAAAUAUCAGAUUUCAUUAGAUGAAGCAUUUGAAAGAGUCCAAGCACAGAGGCGCUUUGUGAGGCCAAAUCCAGGCUUUAUGGAUCAGCUACGACUGUAUCAAUACAUGGGAUGGUGUGUAGAUAGACAUCAUUUGCAGUUCCGAAUGUUCCGCUUGCAUAUAGCUGCUGACCAAGUAAAGAAAGUGAAAAUCUUGCCCCAGAGUUGUGUAGAUGUGAUCAAACCUGAUCCAGGAUUAAUAACAGUUCGACCUGAGCCACUGGUGUACAGGUGCCGCAGAUGCAGAAGAGUCUUAGCUUCUGCAUCAAAUGUGCUGCCACAUAUGCCUAAAGAGAAACCGCUCUGGACUGAUGAAAGAUGGGGCCGACCCGAUUAUACUGAUUUGGAAUUGUGUCGAGACACUUACUUUGUGGAACCUUUAGCUUGGAUGCAAUCAGUUACCACUUCACUCCAAGGAAAAAUUAGCUGUCCAAAGUGCAAUACAAAAUUGGGAUCCUUUAGUUGGAUUAUGGGUUGCCAGUGUCCUUGUGGAUCCAAAAUCUCUCCUGCAUUUUACUUGGUUCCUUCAAAAGUUGACUGGAGUAAUAUGGUACAGAAUGUUCAGGUUACUGUGUGAUAAUAUACUUUAUUUCAUUUCUUUCUGGCAAUAAUUUUUAAUAAGCUUUGCUGUGGGGAAAGCAAGAAGAAAGGAAUGAAAAUUUGUUGUAACUUGCUGGUUUAUGAAACUCCAGCAGAGUUGUUUUACAAGAAAUAGCAUUUUAUCAUAUUUUAUUCUGAAUCAUUCAAGUACUGUUAUGAUUGCAAGAAAUUAACUUGGAAUUGUAACAAACUGACAAACAAUGUCAGGAAUACUGUGUUAAGCACAUGUGAAAUUUUUUUCACAAUAUUUGGUCCACAUGUGUUCAUAACGAGGGCUUCAUAUUUUGUAUUUUACAUACUUUGUUACAAGGCAUAUAUCACAAAUAUUUAUAAUUUCAUAUGUUGAUAAGCAAGAAGUAGCUUAAUACUGAGAUCCAACUGAAGUAUGAUAGGAUUAUCAAUACAAAACGAAGUAGUGUUGAAGGAUAAAAAAUUAGUAUCUUUCAUGAAAAUCACGCACACUACAAUUUUAGUCACGCAUAUUGUCGAUCAGCAAAACGAAGAUGAUUUCUCUUCAUGCAGAGACUCAGGGUUGAUACAUUGAACACAGUUCACCCAAAUGUGUUAUGAAAAACAAGGUACUCUCCUUUUACUUAUGACAGUUGCAGAAUUUUGUGUGAUUUCCCUAAAAUUUUAAUUCUCUUCAGUUUGCUAAAAUAUUGUAAAUUGAUUUAGGAAAAAAUCUCUUGCCCUAGGCCUAACUGUAGUUCUUCCAUUAAUAACUAGAAGUAUUUUGUGUCUUCCAUGAAACUGAUUGGGAGCGUUGAUUUCAGCUGCUAUUAUUUGCAGAUGUUUUAGGUACGCAAGAUUGUCUUACUAAUUUUAAUCUAGAGUAAUAACUGAAAAUUUGUGUGAAUUGUUGUGAACAAAGUAUUUGUUUGUAUUUAGCAGUUUUGGCAAAUCAGCAAUAAGUGUUAUCUUAAAAAUUCUGCAAAUCUAAUAUCUAUUUUUGAAGAAAUUGUGAUUAUAGUUUUAAAUCUGUGAACUCUUAAACAUAGUAAUUUUGUACAUGUAGAGCAAAUAUUAGUUGUUUUGGCAUUACAUUACUUGUGCCCAUUUGAUUAAUCACUAUUAAAGUACAAUUUGAGAAUUGAUCAAUAAAAUGUUUGCCACUUCAUUGAUGUACAAAGCACAAGCUAUACAAAACUAAACCCCAAAGUCCGUGAUGUAAAGUGUUGUCUAAAAGAAUUAUUCUAUUGUGAUGUUAGAGAGCUGCAAACUCUCAUCCUGAUUGUUCAUACCAUGCUUGUUCAAGCUGCCUCCAAAAUGAUUUGCUUGACCCUUUCCUGCUGUAAGCUUCUGAGAACUGCCAAAGAAAAGAUAUACUGAACAGUUUAGAUGUAAGAACCUUGAUUGUACUAAAAUAUUUUAUAAAUCAUUUGUGAAUACAUCUAUACAUAUAUGUUAGCAGGACAUUGCUAGAUAUUAAUGGUACUUAGAGAAUUUCAGUGAGAAAUGUGUCAACGUUUAGCAUUAGAUGAAUCUGAUUCAUGCUGUUGCUUUUUGGCACUGCCCUCUUCCAAAAUAUUUUCCUGCCUCUACAUUUAAUGGACUUGAAGAGAGCUCAAUAUAAGGUAAUACCCAACCUGUGAACCUAAAAAAUUGGAAAACUUUUCAUGUGCAGUUUUAUAAUCCUACAGUUUUUGAGCAUAUUGCUAUUUGUCCUGGUGUUGUCAUAGAAAAAUUCUCAUUUGUGACUCUCACAGUACCUCUACAUGCUUUGUUAUAAAUGUUUUUCAGAGUACAACAUAUAACUUAUAGGCUAUUUCACGAAGUAGAGAAGAGUUGAAAGUUAUAUUUUGUAUUUAUUGUAUAAUCCAUCCAAUUGUCGGUUUAAUUCACUGACAUCUGUAGAUAUGUGGAAAAAAAUAAAACCUAUGCGAUUUUCAAAAAAUAUCAUUUUACACAUUCCCCAAAUGAAGACCUAGACGAAAACUUUUGUUAUUUGAGAAUUUGAGC